UUAAAUUUUCUCGUAAAACCACUUCCAAGUUCCAACCUUCUUGGCCCCCUGACAAAACCCUUGGAGACAAAGCGCGCGAAACUCCAUCAGUUUUCCACAGAAACUCAGCUAAGCUCGAAAAUGCCAGAGCUUCCAGAGGUAGAGGCAGCUCGAAGAGCCAUUGAGGACAGCUGCAUAGGCAAGAAGAUUGUGAGAUCUAUCAUCGCCGACGAUUCCAAGGUCAUCGACGGCGUGUCUCCCAUAGAUUUCAAAGCCUCUCUUGAGGGAAAAACCAUCGUAGCUGCUAAUCGCAAAGGGAAAAACAUGUGGAUUGAGCUCGAUUCCCCUCCUUUUCCUACUUUCCAGUUCGGAAUGGCGGGUGCUAUAUAUAUCAAGGGAGUUGCAGUUACAAAAUAUAAACGGUCUGCUGUAAAAGAUGAUGACGAGUGGCCUUCCAAGUAUUCAAAGGUUUUCCUUGAGUUGGACGAUGGUUUGGAGCUUUCGUUUACAGAUAAGAGGCGGUUUGCCAGGGUUCGCUCACUGGAAAAUCCGGUUUCUGUUCCUCCAAUAUCUGAGCUUGGUCCUGAUGCGCUGUUGGAGCCAAUGACUGUAGACGAGUUCUAUAAAGCUUUGAGCAAGAAGAAGAUUGGCAUUAAGGCUUUAUUACUUGACCAGAGUUUUAUAUCAGGAAUUGGCAACUGGAUUGCAGAUGAAGUGCUAUAUCAGGCAAGAAUCCAUCCUAUGCAGUCUGCUUCAAGCAUAUCCAAAGAGGACUGUGCAACAUUGCUGAAGUGCAUUAAUGAGGUUACAGAAUUUGCGGUUGAAGUGGAUGCUGAUUGCAGCCGCUUCCCUUCUGAAUGGUUGUUUCAUUACCGAUGGGGCAAAAAGCCUGGCAAAGUCAAUGGGAAGAAAAUAGAAUUUAUCACGGCAGGUGGCAGAACAUCAGCCUUUGUUCCAGAGCUACAAAAGAAUACGGGAGCUGAAUCUACAAAAGCAGCAGGUAAACGGCAACAGGGAAAAGUUCAGAAAGUCGAGCAUAAUGAUGGUGAUAGUCAAGAUGAAGAGCCAGAAAUUGAAGAGACAGCAGCUGGGAAGUCAAAGGUGAAGCAGCGUGGGAUAAAUACUAAGAGAACUUCUACUAACAAGAAGUCGAAGGAAAGCAACAGUGACAAUGAUGAAAACGAUAGUGAUGAAGGUCUAAAGAAGCCUUCUGUAAAAGCAAAACAAAACAGGAGCUCCAAGGGAAAAGGUGGUGUUCAAAAGAAGAAAACUGGAGGAACAAGUCCGUCUGCAAAAAGAAAACUAGAGGAAAGUGGUGAUGAGGAAGACACCGAUGAUGAUGAUAAUGAACAGGAUAAGGAUCACAAGCUUUCUAGUAAAACACAAUCAAAGGGGAAGAAGACCACCAAGCGAACGGCUGAACCGAGGCAGACUAGGAAUAAGCCGUCCAAGAAGAAGAAAUAACUUAUCCAAGUAUCAAGUUUGCGAUUUUGUCCAACUUAAAGGAAGUGGUAACAGUAAGUGCUUUUUGUUCGGACCUUAACUUUGUAAUCGCCUGUGAAUUAACUAGAGUAUGAUGACAUGAUUGUGUAAUAUUUCACCGAGGGUUUAGGCCUAUGCUAAGGUUAACUGUGGGAUGGUUGUUGCAAACUUCUUAACUUCCCAUAGGAAAACAUUGAUUAAGUCAUUGCUAGUAUAUUAGUUUCUCCCGUACAGCCACGGUUCCAUCAUUGCUGUACAUGAAUUUCUGACUGGAGAAUCUUCCCAAAAGCCGCCA